CGGUGCUUGGUUUGGUGUGUAGGGCUCAGUUCCCAGCGAGUUGUGCUCGUUGCCGCUCCUCUUCUGAGCAACUUGCAGAAAAGCAAAGGGAAUACAAGCAAUUUGCUGGAGGAACCAGCGUGUGUCUUGUGACUCCUGUCGAUAGGGUAUUAUAUGCAAGGGGUGUGUCGUGAAGGAGGCAGGUGUUUGUUUUCACAUGACUUAACUACAAGCAAACCCUCUACUGUCUGCAGAUACUACCAGAAAGGACAGUGUGCUUAUGGAACUCGCUGCAGAUAUGAUCACACCAGACCAUCGGGGGCUGGUGGUGCAGUGGGAACUAUGCCACCCAGCCUUUCUUCACCAUCGUUUCAGAGCCCCAACCCUCUGCCAGAGCCCAACGUGGCUGUAAUCAAGAACAAAACACAUGAGCCUGGAAAACGCAAAAAGAGAACAUUAGUGCUUAGGGAUCGAAAUUUAUGUGGUUUGAAUGAAGAACAGGUGAGACAAAGUUCUCUGAGUGAUCCAGUGUGUUGCAGUGACAAAACUGAUAAUGUGGAAAUGAAGCCUCAUUCAUAUUUAGAAGCUAUUUGCAGCGGGCUCGAAGAAGAUCCAGUGGCUGGAACUUCCUAUACUGAUGGACAACUGCUAUGUCCCUAUGCAUCAGCUGGGGAAUGCCAGUUUGGUGACCGCUGUCUUUACCUCCAUGGAGAUGUGUGUGAAAUCUGUGAAUUGCGAGUACUUCAUCCCUUUGACCCAGAGCAGAGGAAGGCUCAUGAGAAGAUGUGCAUGGCAGCAUUUGAACAUGAAAUGGAGAAGGCCUUUGCCUUUCAGGCAAGUCAGGACAAAGUAUGCAGUAUCUGCAUGGAAGUGGUGUAUGAGAAACCAUCUGCCUCAGAGAGGAGGUUUGGAAUCCUUUCUAACUGCAAUCACAUCUACUGUUUGUCCUGCAUCCGGCAGUGGAGGUGUGCUAAACAAUUUGAGAAUGUGAUCAUAAAAUCCUGUCCUCAGUGCCGAGUGACAUCAGAGUUUGUAAUACCUAGUGUAUACUGGGUUGAAGACCAGAACAAGAAAAAUAAGCUGAUAGAGGCAUUUAAACAGGGAAUGGGGAAAAAGGCAUGCAAAUACUUUGAACAAGGAAAGGGAACCUGCCCUUUUGGAGGAAAAUGCCUUUACCUUCAUGCUUACCCAGACGGGACACGAGCCAAACCUGAGAAACCACGAAAACAACUGAGCUCAGAGGGGACUGUGCGGUUCUUCAAUUCUGUUCGGCUCUGGGAUUUUAUUGAAGACAGAGAGAGUAGGACUAUGCCCACUACUGAAGAUGAAGUGACAGAGCUUGGAGAGCUUUUCAUGCACCUCUCAGGAGCAGAUCAAGAGUCUGCCACUCCUCAAUAAAGGGAACUAAGGAACAAAAGUUUUGUUUUCUUCUGUACCAGUCCAACUAUUUAUUUAGGGAAGGUUUUAAUUUACAGCAAGCAGUCAAAAGUAAUGUGCCCUGUGGCUUACUGGUGAGAUCCUGGUAGAAAUUUAAUAUCUGUAUAGGAAUAAUAGAAGCAUCUUAAAUAAAAACACUAACAAGUGUGUGGGGAAAGAAAGCUUUAGGGGUGAUUUUGUGCAUACAUCUUACACAGCAGAGGCCAAUUGCCAAAGCUUUAAUUGCAGUGUUUAAGCCCAGGAUACUAGAGAGAGCAGGUGGGAGAGGUAAUAAGUCUUUCCUGAAACAGAAGUUGGGCCAGUAAACUCUCACCCACCUUGUCUCUUUAACUUGUAUCUGUUUGACUAACUUUCCAUACUUACCUUACUGAAUUAUGUCAACUAACUUGCCCAUAACACUUACAAACUCCCUAGUCCUAAAAAAAAUUGAGAGGCUGGUUUGAUAGUCCAAGAGACAUCACUUUAAUCAGCCUUGUUCCCAACACCAUUUCUUGGGCAUUAUUUCUGUAUACCCCUCAUACAGUACCUAUUGCAAAAAGCACAGCAAUGAUCAAACAAGUUGAGCUGACAGCAUUGUAGUGCAAGAUGCAGGAUUUCUAAUACUAAACAAUUAGCCAUACCUAUAACUUCUGCAUUUUGAUGUUUUAAUUAGUGUGAACUGUACUAAUUGAAAAAUGAACAUGAAGAGCCAUAGAAAAUUGCAAAAUUCCCCCAGGACUUUGCAGUGGGAAAUAUGAACAGGGUAAAGAGAAUCAGGGGGUAAUCUUUGCCUUGACAUGGCUGCACUGCAACUAGUGUAGAGAGCAAAAGGAGUGUUUCAAAACUGAUACUGCUGAAGAUGCAUGCAAGAAUGAUCCACACUGCCUAGUCACAUUGUACUGGUCUGUAAUCCAAUAUGUUGCCCAAGACCCUAGAAUUAUGAUAAUUGGCAAUUGAACUGUAUGUACUGGAUUUCAAUUACAGAACCUAACAGUUUCUCUUAAAAUUAAAUGUAAUUUAUUCUGAA